CUGCGCCUCCUUCAGCCAUAAAUCGUCUCAUACACCCGCUCCGCCGCUAGUGGGCUACAACCGGAGCUACCGACAGACAGCAGCGGAACAGGAGCAUUAUCGCCCGGGUUACUUCACCCGGCUCACGCGCUUCCUCAGCCUCCAGCGAGGAGACACGGAUCAUCUCGAGUCUAACACCAGCACCAGGCGCUCGACCCAGCGGAGAAACGCGAGGACUUUACACCGCAUCUCCCGGCGGAUCACACCGCCAGCUAGCUUUGUUACCACCGCGCAUACGUAGUGUUAGCUCGCCCAUUAGCCGGCUCCGCUAGCCCCCCGAGAAGAAGAAGAAGAAGAAGAAGAAGGCCGCGGAGUUGACCUCGCGUCCGCUUGUUAAACACCCGGCAGCGGCUCAUCCUGGCACAUCGGGGACGCCCGCAUCGCCCCUCGGACCGGAACCCCCCUCCUCAGAUCGAAGCGCACACACCACCGACAGAAGAUGGCCCUGAAACGGAUCCACAAGGAGCUCAAUGACCUGGCUCGUGACCCCCCAGCACAGUGCUCGGCCGGCCCAGUGGGCGAUGACAUGUUUCACUGGCAAGCCACGAUCAUGGGACCUAUUGACAGUCCAUAUCAGGGAGGAGUUUUCUUCCUGACAAUUCAUUUCCCCACAGACUACCCCUUCAAACCCCCCAAGGUGGCAUUUACAACAAGAAUUUACCACCCAAAUAUUAACAGUAACGGCAGUAUCUGUCUGGAUAUUCUCAGAUCACAGUGGUCUCCUGCACUUACUAUUUCUAAAGUUCUUCUCUCCAUUUGCUCACUCCUAUGUGACCCAAACCCUGACGACCCACUAGUGCCAGAGAUCGCACGGAUCUACAAAACAGAUAGUCAGAAUUUCACUCUCGUCAGGUACAAUAAAUUAGCUCAGGAGUGGACGGCGAAGUAUGCCAUGCUUUAGGGUGAGGCCCCGCUGCAUCUUGGGUAGUGCAGUUGGAGUGGUUGGUUGUGUUUUUUGGUGCUCUGGUCUGACUGGCAUAAACAGAGGCUCGAGAUCUCUGUUAUGCAGAAAGCUACGGCAGUUUCCGAGUUGUGGUUGUACUAAUCUCAGGUGUGCUGCUGUAAAUGAUCUGUGAGUCAGACCACAGGGGAAAUGGUCUCAUGAGGAUUCUGGGUUAUCACUAAUACAGGCCUGUUAACAUCUCUAUGAUCUGAUUGGUUGAAGUCUUUCAAUGCACAAAAACUUUGAUAGAAUCAGACACAAAAGAGUAGAUUUAUAAUUAAAACAGUUCUAAAUACUAAUGGGAAAUCAUCCUUAUGUACAAAAUGUGGCGUGGAAAAUAGGCCUAAACCUUGUGUGACCCUUACAACCUAAGUAGUCACUCAUGUAAAUUAAAACCGAUAUUUAAAGCGAAAUUUGUGACCACAUCUUCUGGAAAACUUUAUUUAUGACCAUUUAUCAUCCUAACACGAGUUUAAAAGAAUAAAAUCAACAUGACCUGAGAUGAGCUUCAGUCAGGUGAUCAUCUCAGGUAAUUGGUAACCCUAUAAGUUACAGUCAGUGUUGCAGGGACCAUUGUAAAAGAUUCGGCGGUGCACUUAAGGACACGCCUAUGGUCGGCUGCCAAAACAAGCUGCAUUCGUGAGCAGUGAUGACAAACUGCAGACGAGCAGAGGAAGAAUAACAUGAGCCGGGUUUCCAAACACAGCUUUUCAGACUCUAGGCAAAGAAAACUUCAAUAAAUAUUUGUCAUAAAUAGAAAACUUCCAACAAUCAACACAGAAGCGGAGACUUUUAGAAAUCAGUUGAGCUGGUGGUGGUCAGCUAUAGUCCUCAGAUACUUAAUGACUCCCUGUGUUUGGGAAUAUUGGAAAAAAGCUUUAUUAAGGAUUUUUAUCAUCUGGACCGUUUUGUUUUUGAGAGUUUUUCCACAAGGACAUAAAACUAAACGUGAAUUAUGAACUAUCAACUGUUUCAUAUCUGCCAGUCAUCUAAUCAGCACAUAUCUGCAGCUGCGCCAACAUAUCUGAAAGUACAAAGUUUAAUAGCUGGUAGUUGAGGUGUCUUCACUUAAACAUAAAUCAGGAGUCAAGGGAGCAACUGAACCAAAUCAAUGCUGCUUCUUCUAUUGAAACAAUGGGUUAAAAGAUUUAACACCAGUGUCUUUUUCCUUAUAUGAAUAUAUGUAUAAUUAUCCCUUUUUCUAGUCUGAUAAACGUCGACCAAGCCAAUAAUCAGAUUAUUUGAAUACCCGGGUUAGAAGCAGAUUGUCUGUGCAUGUACACGUCGCCACUAACUCUGCAUGAAGAGGUUUGGUUCUGACAAAGAUUCGAGGUAUUGGUGUGAAAGCACAAAGACAUUUUAAUAAUCAGAAACGUGUGCAUGACGUGUCCGGUAUACUUGUGCAGUCUCUGCUUGCCUGGAUGUUUUUUAAAAAGCACUUUGCUCCGAUGCAUGUGGUAAAGUAAAACCUGUUUGAAUUAUAGGCUUGAGAGUUUCUGAUUCCCCCUCUGGUUUCCCCUCC